UGUGAAAAUACCAACUCUCAAAUAAGAGGUUUUUUUUUCGGUCAUUUUUAGGACCGAAAAAGCACCAGAAUAAAUCACGUUGCUCUUGUGUGGUACCAGUGAACGCUGUAAGGUGUUGUCACGUAAGGUGCAUAGAAAGCGACCGCACACGACAUCCAGGAAGCUUUUCGGACUAACCGACUGGAAGAAGUUUCGGGGUCAUUUUGGAACACGACCAGCGUGGACGAAAUGAGGGGUGUGGCCAGAGCCUCAGUGUCUCUGGGGUCCCUGAGUCUGCUGCGAUUUUUUGGGAUACCCUGGUCCUGGAGCCUGGCCGCCAGUCUGGGGCUGUGUCUGGGAAAAGAGGGCUGGUGGUACCUGUAUGUCGCCAUUCGCACUGCCAAGAGAGACCUUAAUGGCCUGUAUGUUCUCCUGCGAGUGAAGCUGGCCCUACAUCGCCACAUGUGCAAGGGCAGCACCAUCCCUUCCAUCUUCGCCCAGACGGUGGCGCUGCACCCGGACAAGCCGGCGCUGGUGUACGAGGCCACGGGGGAGACCUGGACCUUCUCCCAGCUGGACCAGCUCUCCAACGCGGUGGCCCACUGGGCGCUGAGCCAGGGCUGGGCCUCGGGCGACGUGGUGGCCGUCUUCAUGGAGAGCCGCCCCAUGGUGGUGGCCCUCUGGCUGGGUCUGGCCAAGGUGGGCGUGGAGGCGGCCCUCAUCAACUUCAACCUGCGCUGCGAUUCGCUGGUGCACUGCGUGGGCGUGUCCAACUCGCGGGGGAUCGUCUUCGGAGCAGAGCUGGCAGACGCUGUCCUGGAGGUGAGUGCCUCUCUCAACGGGUCCAUGGUGCGGUUCUGUAGUGGGGAGCUGAGCCCGGACUGCCUGGCCUCUCUGUCCGCCCAGCCCCUGGACCCACUCCUGGCCUCCAGCCCCCGACUGCCCCCGUCCGCCAACGCCCACCAGAAAGGCUUCAACGACAAACUGUUCUAUAUUUAUACUUCGGGCACCACGGGACUCCCCAAAGCUGCUAUUGUGGUUCACAGCCGGUACUACCGCAUUGCGGCUUUUGGAUACCACGCCUUCCGCAUGCGUCACGACGAUGUUGUAUACAACUGCCUGCCUCUCUACCACUCGGCAGGGAACAUCAUGGGGGUGGGCCAGUGUCUGAUUUUCGGGCUCACCGUUGUGGUGAAGAGGAAGUUCUCAGCCAGUCGCUUCUGGGACGACUGCAUCAAGCACAAGUGCACGGUGGUGCAGUACAUUGGGGAGAUCUGCCGGUACCUCCUGUCCCAGCCCGUUAGGGCCGCGGAGACGGGUCACCAGGUCCGGCUGGCAGUGGGGAACGGGCUCCGGCCCAGCGUGUGGGAGGCCUUCACCAAGCGCUUCCGGGUCGCACAGGUCGGGGAGUUCUACGGCGCCACCGAGUGCAACUGCAGCAUCGCCAACAUGGACGGCAAGGUAGGAGCGUGUGGGUUCAACAGCCGUAUCCUGCCGAAUGUGUACCCCAUCCGUCUAGUGAAGGUGGAUGAGGAGAGCAUGGAGCUGGUGCGGGACAGAGAGGGGCUAUGUGUGCCCUGCCAACCUGGAGAGCCAGGGCUGCUGGUGGGCAGGAUUAACCAGCAGGACCCGCUGCGGCGUUUCGAUGGGUACGCCAGUCAGGACGCCACCAGCAAGAAGAUCGCCCACGACGUCUUCAGGAAGGGUGACUCCGCCUACCUGUCAGGGGAUGUUCUGGUGAUGGAUGAGUUGGGCUACAUGUACUUUAGGGACCGCAGCGGAGACACGUUCCGCUGGAGGGGGGAGAACGUCUCCACCACAGAGUUGGAGGGGACCCUGAGCACCCUGCUGGGACAGACCGAUGUGGCUGUGUACGGAGUACCUGUGCCAGGUGUAGAGGGAAAAGCUGGGAUGGCUGCCAUUGCCGACGGGGCGGGGCACUUCGACUGUAACUCCUUCCUGUGUCAGGUGCAGAAGGCCCUGCCCCCCUACGCCCGGCCCAUCUUCCUGCGCAUCUGUUCCCAGGUGGACACCACAGGCACUUUUAAAAUACAGAAGACCAGGCUACAGAGGGAAGGAUUUGACCCGCACCACACGACCGACCGGAUCUACUUCCUGAACUCGCGUCUGGGGCGUUAUGAGGCCGUGAACGAGGAGUUAUACAGCGCCAUCAUGGAAGGGAGGGUGUCUCUGUGACACAGACGGACAGGUAGACCCUGGGGACAGACACCUGCGGCAAUUCACCAGCAUCUCUCCGCGCACUUCCACAGCGAAGCGUUGGACGAAGUGACAGAAAAAAGGGCUGUUAAUCAGUAGCAGAUUUUAGCGCUGAUGUUGUUAUUGUUUCUAAUGAGAAGACAUAUCCCAGGGAAACAGGGA